AUGCCAUCAUCCAUUACACAAAUCGACGAUUAUCCAGCAUCAAAAGAACAGUGCAGGGAGAUUUCCAAACACCUACCUAACAACAAUGAUGCCAACCCCGAUACAACAACGGCAACCGGUGAUAAUACCACUAGUGUCAAGAAAAAGAAAAAGAAAAAGCCUUCACGAGGAACACCUGCUGAAGUGAAUCCAUAUUACAAACAAGCAAUGCAAAGUUUCCCAGUCAUGCUACGCAACACCAAAACCAAAGGACGACAUGCUGCUGCUGCCGAGGAAUUGACAGAAGGCACUACUGUUUGUUUGGAGCAAGCAACAGCGUACGUGGUUCGCUCAGAGUUCGCAGAUCAACACUGUCACGUAUGUCUCGAUGUGUUGACAACCAAGUUAAUGUGUCAGGAUUGUCGUAAAGCCUUUUAUUGCUCGGAAGCAUGUCUGGGACGGGAUGAUACGCAUACACUGGUUUGCUCAACUUUGAGACAAAUUGAUAGCAUUGGCCAUGCUACAAGUGUUGAGCCGGACCUGCUGCGACUCGUUACUCUUCUGCUUGCACGUCGACAACGCGACGUUGAAAAUAAUGAUGCAUUUCAGCAACGACCUUCGAAUGAAAUUGAGCGCCCCACACCUUUUUGGUGCACCAAUGAUCUCAUUAGCCACCGUGAACAAGCAGACAAAGCGUUUAUACGAGUGGUAGCUGAGGCAUCGGAACGUCUCAUGUCAGAGUGGGAAGAAUCAAUGCGUAUACCUGUGGAUGAUUUUGUAACGUUAGCUUGCAGGAUUAACUCAAACGCACACGGUCUCGGAGAUAGCCAAGGGCGUAACACAGAUGUUGCAUUUGGCUUGUUUCCACUAGGUGCCAUGUUCUUCAACCAUGCGUGUAACCCCAAUUGUGCCUUUGUGGGUCUGCGAAAUGGUCAGCUAGCAUUUCGCACCAUUCGUCCUGUCAGCCGCGAGGAGGAGUUGACUGUAAGCUAUAUUGAUCUUUAUGCACCGCGCGAUGAGCGUCGACAGGUUUUGCUUGGGUCGAAACACUUUUGGUGCAAAUGUAAGCGGUGCACCUCACCUAUUGAAGCAUCAACAGAUCGCUACUUGACUGGUGUCGUUUGUGAAGCGUGUCAUGAAGAUGUUUAUGUAAUUCCACCUUCCACCAUGGAUAACAUACAAGCUGGUGACCUACCCGUCAAAAUAAGCGAGAAUGCAGAAUACAAGUGUGCCAAAUGCAGCAAUAAAACAGCUGCUCGCUCGUUGCAAACCACAUUCGAACAAGCCCAAAAGAUUUACAUGGAAGGAAUGAUAUCUUUACGGAAGCAUCGCGACUACCGACGAGCACAGUCCAAGCUCCAGUCGUUAGCCAAAGUCUCGUCUUACGAAGCUUGCAAUCUACACCCACAAAAUGCAUUGAGACUAAAUGCAUCUAUUCCGCUCAUGAACUGUCUACGGCAUAAUGAUGAUAUCGCAGGAGCUAUCGAUGUGAAUCGCUUUAUUGUCGAAACCAUGGAGAAAUACGCUAAACAAUACUUGCCGAGAAACACAGCUGAGAUAUCAGAUUUUUACCAAAAUCUUGGGGAGUUAUGCAAGACAAUGGCAGAAAAGUACAAUGCUCUCGGUCGUCGUCCAUUGGAGAAGCGCUAUCGCAACGAAGCAAAAAGUGCUUUUGAUCAUGCCAUCCAAGUUCGCUCGGUCGUUUUUGGUUCCUGUCACCCAAAGACAAAAUUUGUCAUGGAGCAAGCUGCAAGUGUGUUUGUAUAA